AUUGGGCUGUGCUCUGAAGCUACUUGCUGCGCCUUUUCCCACCUUCUCCUGCACAUUUUACCUGAAUCAAUCGCUUGACUCCGCGACUCCUUACACAUCCAACCUCAUCAAACUAUACGUAUGGCAUUAAUUGCUGCUUUGUACAGAUAUCAAUUCCCAUUGCAAUAUGGUUCAACCCGAGCAGGUCGUGGACACAUACUUGGCACAAUGGCUUGAGACAGAUCUGAGCAACAGGGCCAGUGUGGCUUGUGAGCAUGAUUCGGACACCAGCGAGAUAACCCAUGAGUCUGGUAUCGUAACAGCGUUGUAUCGAUCGUGCCGAACGCAGCUGUCGAGGUUGUCUGCCGUCCUCGCAUCUUCUAGCCAGCGUUGUCGCAUACUCUUGACGGAAAGUCGGUCUAAGCUCGUCAUAUUCGGUGGUAGUCUUGAGAAUGGAAGAUUGGAAUCCUGUCUGAACGUGAACGAUGAGGUUAAGGAUGACAUCCUGCUAAUUUUGUACGAGAUCGGUACAAUCCUGGCCUAUGACAUUUUUCAGCAUGCUUGCAAAGAUCUCGUCGCAUUUAGAGACGAUGAUACAUCGACGACGCUGAAGGGUUGUUUAGCUUCAGUCAAAGCCGCUCUGACUGCCGAGAGUGGUAGCGACACAUCUGAAGAUGAAAGUGCCUCGGAAGACGACAAACGACCAAGCGAUUCGGUAAAUGCGCGGACAUUGGAACGACAAUGCCUUCGUCCUCUCGCCAAAAAUGUGGACCUGCUCAUGCUCCUCUAUCCCACACUGGAACAGAUCUUCCGGGAUCAGCAUCAACCACCGCGGGCAAGAUUGCCACGACCGAUUCCGAAGAUUUCUGUGACAGGCUCGGCUUUGCCAUACGUCCACAAUGUCCGUGACAAAUUUCCCAAGGCCGACAAAGACCUCGCAGAACGCCUUGGGGAGGCCAACUGGCAAAGGCACGAGCGCCUCAGAGCCGCUAGAACCUCAGGGGCUUCGGAACAGCCAAUUCUCGCGAAAGCUGAAUUGCCGAAGUCGAUUUUUCAGCCCAUCUCGGAGUUCAGAGAUUCUGCCCUUGGAGAGUCGUUGGCUUCAAGCUCUGCCCGUGCUCCGUCUGUUGCCUCGCAUUCGUCUUACCUGAGCAGUAUCGAAGGAGGAGAAAAAGAGCACUUCAGGGUACCAAAGAUGCCUGCAGGCGCCGAUUACCACAUAGCGUUCUCGUGUCCAUAUUGUGGGGAACGGGCGUCGAUGAGGAAUCGCAUAGACUGGAAAAUGCAUGUAUUUGCAGAUUUACAGGCAUACAUAUGUACACACCCAAAGUGUUCCGAAGGAUGGGCAACGUUCCCCAGCCGGCGAAAAUGGUUUGAACAUGAGACAACAUAUCAUAUGACGAGGAACCGUUUUCGGUGUACUCAACUCAAUUGCACCCUGGUUCUCGAGAUGGAAGAGGAAUACCUGGCGCAUGUGCGCGGCAGCCAUGCCAUCUCAUUUGAGACAUCCGCCAACAAAUGGUCGCUCCUCAACGCAGCAACAAUCUCGACAGUGCAGCCUGUCGAAAGUCUGAGAUGCCCGCUAUGUCACAUUUCUGACUGGACCACAUAUCGCAAGUAUGAGAAACAUCUUGGUAAACAUCAGGAGGAGAUUGCACUUUGCGCCCUGCCUCCGAGCGCUUACGAUAACGACAAUGACGAUGACCACGACGCAGGUGGACAUGAAGGUGCAUAUGAUUCAGCUUCAAGUACGAGCAGGAAGGAAGUCAAUGAUCUGGAAGGACACGAUGGUCUAGGUCCUGAUAAACGAGAUGCUCAGACGUCCAACCUCUCCAGACGGAGGUCCAGGCUUCCGACAAAUAAUGUCAUAUUUGUCGGAUCUAUGAUCAAUCACCAUCACCUAAGGAUAAAAUCUUUGAAUUGUACAUUGGAAAGAGACGGCCCUUAGAGGAAGUGAUUGUCCAUAUGGGCGAUGCCUUUGGCGUGCUUCAAACGGUGAAGCAGUAUAAGACGAAGCUAAGUGAUUGGGGCUUCAAACACAAUCUGAAAACUACAGACGCUGCCCACAUCUUGAGGCUGUUAAAUCAAGCAAAGACAGAGGGGCUUCCAGAAGUUGUAAUGUGGGCUUUCCAGCCUAAGACCAGGGAGGACAUAGCAAACUUUAUCAGGAGACAAUCUACGCUGAACGACGAGGCUCACCUACUUUCCAAGAUAUCGGAUGAAGACAAAACACCACAUUAUA